UCAAAUAAUCAUGUCAACAAAAUCAAAUAUGUUAGUGAAAUGGUGGAUCCAAUUUGAAUAAAAAGAUAGGAAUGUAGGCGGAGCGUGAAGUAUGGAUAGUAAUGGACCACAGGCACAAACCAAUAAUCAUUGUAGUAGCAGUCCAGCUCCAGCUCCAGCUCCAGCACAUACAAUACAUGUUCAUAUAUUCUCCAAUUAUUAAUAAUUUCAUGUCUUAUGUUUUCAUUUAUAUAGUAUUUAUUAUUAUGUAUCAGAGAAGUAGAAAUCAAUGGUUACAAGCGUAUGUAUGUAUAGGGCUUUACUCGUAUAUGUAUUUGUAUGUAUAGAGUAUAAGUAUGACUGACCCCCUCCCCCAUAUGAAUACUUGUUAAUGAUAGCCAUUACCACAGCCAUUGCCAAGGCCAGGGAGAAGAACAGCCCAUCUCGCAAAAUGCACUUCCAUUUCCACCUCCGAGUUUUGGAUCUAAGAUCUCUUGCGGAUUUCGUGCUGUUGAAGUUAGUGAUUUAGUAUCUUUUUUUACUUUCCGGAAGAAAGAAUCGCGGAAUGAGGGUUUUGGGGGAGUCGUGGUGUUUCUGUAAUGGUGGAGGCAAAUCGGAGAGAAUGAAGGCCGCCAUUUUCUCCGGCAAGGCUCCUGCCAUGGCCAGAAUCGCUGCUGGAGGCACCGGUUUAUUGAUCCACCGGAAUCUGCUUCUCACCACCCACGCUACUCUGCCUUCCGUCGCCGCUGCUGAAGCUGCCGAGAUCCGACUCCACAGUGGCCUUUCCGCUGGCCUUUUCCCUCACAGGUUCUUUAUUACAAGCUCUGUUCUUGAUCUAACAAUUGUGGGCCUUGAUGCCCUGGAUGAAGAGUCAAAUGCACCGAUCCAGCAACCUCAUUACUUGAAAACUUGUUCAAAACCAAAUCUGGAGCUUGGAAGUACGGUUUAUUUCUUAGGAUACACAGAAAAACAGGAGUUGACAAUGGGUGAAGGGAAGGUAGUAAUAGCUACUGACAAUCUGAUAAAGUUGUCAACUGAUGGAGUAAUUUGGAGCCCAGGUUCUGCUGGUUUUGAUGUUCAUGGAAAUCUUGCAUUCAUGGUUUGUGAUCCUAUGAAGCUCGCAACAUCUCCAAACACCAAAUCUGCAUCAACUUCAUCAUCUUCGACAUCAUCGUGGAAGAAAGAUUUCCCCAUGCAAUUUGGUAUCCCUAUCCCCAUCAUCUGUGAUUGGCUAAACCAGCAUUGGGAGGGGAACCUCGAUGAACUCAAUAAACCCAAAUUACCCUUGAUACGGCUGAUGUCCUCUGGUCAGAAAAGUGAGCAUUCUUGUGCAUCGUUCACAAUGCGGAGGGUUUUUAAGUCGACUGAAGGUGAAAAUGAGGGGACUCCGACAUCAUCAAAUGUACUGUCUAGACCUCUAGAGCAGUCUGCAGCCAGUUCUGCUGUUUUCAACACUUCGAAAGACAGGAAGUUAACCGAUGACACACAAAAUGCGACGCAUAUGCAGGGGAUUCCAACUCCAGAAAUCUACGAGUCCCCAAUGUUAACUUCCACUAAAGUGAAGAAGGAAGAUGUAACUCAAAUUCAGCUUUUGGAUAUCAACUUCCCACCAAGAAUUGCUAAAGCUGCAGCAUCACCACAACCAUCGAGAAAGAUACUGCCAAACUCUGAUCAACAUUAUGUCAAGGAUUUCUUGUUGCAGCAACUCCAGGAAGGACAACAUUGCAACAUAGGACCAUCCAGCCCCACGGCAGAUGCUGAAUCAACAGGAUCUGUUAAUGGUGCCCAGUGUGAUAUCCAGUCUAGUUCUUUCCCAGUCGAGAUUUCAGAGGCUCCACAUGACUACAGCAGCGAAGGAGAAACUACAAUGUACUCUGCCGAAACUGCUGAGAGCCGUAACUAUCCCAGUCCAAGAGAGGGAAAGUUUCAUCAAGUUGGAAGGAGUCAGAGUUGCGUAAACUACAACAGGUGGGGGGCGGUACAGAAAAAUUCAGUGCCCCGUGGAGCUAUGCUCGAAAAGCACCGGAGCUUUGUGCAAGGGAGGAAAGUAUAUUCCCAAGGUGCAACUUCUCAAAGGAGUAACGACUUCUUCAGCCCAACGGUUUCUUCCAUCAUGAAGAAACGCAACAACUUGGAGCAACCAAACAGGCCCCGGCAGAGCUCAGUCCACUCAUCUCCAAGGUGGAUGUUCUAACAAUUAGCCAUAGUUGGAAGUUGCUUUUGAUUUGUUUCUUUGCCUAUACUUGUAUAAUUCAUUGUGAUAGUAAAUAAUUGGAAAAAAGCAUAAGAUAGCAUUUCUUCUUCUUUUCCAUUGGGGCUACUAAGGAACUAGUGUUUUUGUUAGUGAUCAGCCAAAUUCUUGUCUAUAAACUUAAGCCAUUGGCAAUUGCAAUGUGUGAUGAUAUUGGCUCAA